UUGGGUCCUGAGGCUGCCGGCAGACUAUGGGUACAACGGCCAGCACGGCCCAGCAGACGGUGUCGGCGGCGGCUGCCUUUGAGAGCCUCCCAGGCUCCGCGGGCGCAAUGGAUGGUCGACAUUCACUCAGCGUGCACUCCUUCCAGACCACCAGCUUGCACAAUAGCAAGGCCAAGUCCAUCAUCCCCAACAAGGUGGCCCCCAUCGUGAUCACGUACAACUGCAAGGAGGAGUUCCAGAUCCAUGAUGAACCACUCAAGGCUCACUAUACCGUGGGCCGGCUCUCGGAUGCCACCCCCGAGCACUACCUGGUGCAGGGUCGCUACUUCCUGGUGCGGGAUGUCACUGAGAAGACAGACAUGCUGGGCACCUUGGGGAACUGUGGUGCCCCCAACUUCCGACAGGCACGGGGCAGUCUCGCUGUGUUUGGCAUGGGACAGCCCAGCCUGUUGGGCUUCAGACAGGUGCUCCAGAAACUCCAGAAGGAUGGGUACAAGGAGUGUAUUAUCUUCUGCGUGCGGGAGGAGCCGGUGCUGUUCCUGCGUGCCAAGGAGGACUUUGUGCCCUACACACCUCGGGACAAGCAGAGUCUGCCCCACAACCUCCAGGGCCUUGGCCCUGGGGUCCCUGCCGAGAGCCUGGAGCUGGCCAUCCGCAAAGAGAUCCAUGACUUUGCCCGACUGAGUGAGAAUACAUACCACGUGUACCAUGACACGGAGGACCUGCGGGGUGAGCCCCACACUGUGGCCAUCCGGGGGGAGGACGACGUGCAUGUGCCCGAGGAGGUGUACAAGCGGCCCCUCUUCCUGCAGCCCAGCUACAGGUACCACCGGCUGCCUCUGCCAGAGCAAGGAGCCCCUCUAGAAGCUCAGUUGGAUUCCUUUGUCCGUGUCCUGCGGGAGACCCCCAGCCUGCUGCCGCUCCGCGAUAGCCACGGGCCGCCCCCUGCCCUCCUCUUCAUCUGCCAGACGGGUGUGGGCAGAGCUAACUUGGGCAUGGUCCUGGGGACCCUCAUCCUGCUUCACCGUAGCAGGACCACCUCUCAGCCAGAGACUGCCCGGCCACUGCCCAUGGAGCAGUUCGAGGUGAUCCAGAGCUUCCUUCGGGUGGUGCCUCAGGGCCAGAAAAUGGUGGAGGAGGUGGACCAAGCCAUCAGUGCAUGUGCAGAGCUGCAGGACCUGAAGGAAGUAGUCUUGAAAAACCAGAGGGAGCUGGACAGCGCUGGGCCUGAGAGGAUGACUCAAGAAAGUGGCCGCAGGCACAGUGUCUGGCAGAGGGCGCUGUGGAGUCUGGAGCGAUACUUCUACCUGCUCCUGUUUAACUACUACCUUCAUGAACAGUACCCGCUGGCCCUCGCCCUCAGUUUCAGCCGCUGGCUGUGUGCCCACCCUGAGCUGUGCCGCCUGCCUGUGACACCGAGCCUGGCGGGGCCCUUGUCCCCCAGAGAUCUCAUUGCCAAGGGCUCCCUGGGAGCAGAUGAUCUCGUGUCCCCGGAUGCCCUCAGCACCGUUCGGGAGAUGGACGUGGCCAAUUUCCGACGGGUGCCCCGGUUGUCCAUCUAUGGCAUGGCCCAGCCCAGCAUCAAGGCCCUGGGCAGCAUCCUGGCCUAUUUGACGGAUGCCAAGCGGAAGUUGCGGCAGGUGGUCUGGGUGAACCUGAGGCCGGAGGCUGUGCUGGAGUGUGACGGGCACACCCACAGUCUGCGUCUGCCUGGGCCGCCCCUGGGCCCUGCCCAGCUGGAGGCCCUGGAGAUGCAGCUGAAGGCCCAGCUUGGCCUGCCUGUCCCUGGCACCAAGGUGCCUGUCCCUGGCACCAAGGGCCUUCCUGUCCCUGGCACUAGUGCCCGGUUCCAGACGUGCCUGACCAUGCAGGAGGUCUUCAGCCAGCAGCGUGCCACCUGCCCUGGUCUCACCUACCACCGUGUGCCUCUGCCUGACUUCUGUGCCCCCCAGGAAGAGGACUUUGACCGGCUUCUCCAGGCCCUGCAGGCUGCCCUAGCCAAGGACCCCGACAGCGGCUUUGUGUUCAGCUGCCUCAGCGGCCAGGGCCGGACCACGAUGGCCAUGGUGGUAGCCGUACUGGUCUUCUGGCACAUCCGAGGUUUCCCCGAGGUGGGUGAGGAGGAAUUUGUGAGUGUGCCUGAUGCCAAGUUCACCAAGGGCGAGUUUCAGGUGGUGAUGAAGGUGGUGCAGCUGCUGCCUGAGGGGCUCCGCGUGAAGAAGGAGGUGGAUGCGGCGCUGGACACGGUCAGUGAGACCAUGACGCCCAUGCACUACCACCUGCGGGAGAUCAUUAUCUGUACCUACCGCCAGGCCAAGGCUGCCCGAGAGGAGCGGGAGGCAUGGAGGCUGCGGCUGCGGAGCCUGCAGUACCUGGAGCGCUACGUGUACCUGAUUCUCUUCAAUGCCUACCUUCACCUGGAGAAGGCAGCCUCUUGGCAGAGACCCUUCAGUACCUGGAUGCGGGAGGUGGCAGCCAGUGCGGGAGUCUAUGAGCUGCUCAACCAGCUGGGCUUCCCCGAGCUGGAGGGCAGCGAGGACCAGCCCUGCUCCAGGCUGCGCUACCGAUGGCAGCAGUGGCCCGACAGCCCCGAACCCUCAGCCACGGGGGACUUCCUGUAGGGAUGGUGCUUCUUCCUAGCUUCUCCUGGUAGGGCUCCACGCAAGCCUGGAGGUGUCUCAACAGGUCCUGUACUGCCUCCUCUUCCUGGAGUGAUUGGGAUGGGCUGGGUAGCCUGUGUGGAAAGAGCUCUAUGUGAGACACUUAGCACAGCAUGUGGUCAGCCUCCAGGGGCACCCUCCCCGAAUCACCAUACACAGUGUCCCGGUCUGCAGCCCCCCACCAGUGUCGGUUCCCUUCCCUUGCUCCCUCUAGCUGUUCUGUCCAUUGCCUCUUCCCUGCCCUCCCUCCCCACCCUCAUACUCUCACCCCCCUACCCUGGCUGCCCUCCUCACAUCUGUCUGGCUUCCCAAUGUCCCCUCUGGCCUAGGAAACCACAUGGGCAGCUUGCAUGGCUGUGGGUGGGCAGAGGCCCCGGUCUCUCUCCUUCCUUGGCCCAUUCCUCUCCCUGGGGGCUGACAAGGUGGUAGAGGGUCCCAAGAGGCCAGAGGUACCCAGAGUCCCUCUUGGGGACCAGGUACAGCAGAGUGCCUGAGAGCCAGGUGGGAGGUGCUGAGGAAGCCACAGCCUGGAGCUGAGAUCCUGCUGCGCCUGCCCUCUGCCCCGAGUGCCCAGGAGGGCCCCAGCUGCCUACUGGCUGCAGCAGGAGCUCCAGUCAGGGAGCACUGGGUUUGGGUCAGUGGGCAUGUGAAGCACUGGGCUCAGGGUGGCGCAAGGAGGGGUGUCACUCAGAUGCCAGGCUUCCCUUGCUGAGGUUCCUGGGCCACCCACAGUUAGGAACAGGAGGGUCAGACCCUAAGGCUGUGGAGGCCUCCAGCUAGGCCUGUGUGCGCAUGUGGAAGGCUGCUCGGCAGGGGUGGUGGCAGAGGAGGGCCGUGUGGCAGUCCUGCAACUGUUCCAGCCCAGGGCCAGUGUCUGCUGGAACCCGGGCACUGGCCAGUGAGGAGGAGGUUGUCCGCCAUCCAACUGGCCACCUUGCUGGGCUCGGGCACUUUGGCAGGAGCCCAGAGCCGUGAGGUGGGAGCAGAGGCCCAUGCCAUGCAGAGCUGCUCGGUGCCAGACAGCAUUGCACUCCGUGGUCGAGGCAGAACUGCUGUGUUUAGGUGUGUUCGCUCUCUGUUCAGCUUUGCUCGUCAUACUGCACAGAUGAAGAUGGGUAGCAUUCUCUGCACCAACAUCAAGAGAAGGCAGGAUGGAGCUGAACCAGGAAGGAUCCUCGGUGUGCUUGUGGUUGUCUCUGACUCUUCAGCUGUGCUGUGCUGGGACCAGGCACUUCACCUCUGCCUCAGCCUCAGUUUCCCCAUCUAUCAAAUGGGAGAAUACCGGCAUACCUACCUCACAGGGGUGUUGUGAGGAUCCAGAGGUUAUUACUUUUUUUUUUUUUUUUUUGUACAGAGCUUUUGAGCAUUAAAACCAGCUGAAUGUGUGCGGUGUACCGAGGCGUCUGUCAUGUGGACAGGUGGGGCUGCUCAGCUGGAGUGCCUGCUCCUUCCGAGUUGGAGAGUAUGGGUCAAGAGCAUCGGCCUCUUGCACUUUGGGCUUUAGAUAGGGUUUUGCAGAGUCC